GCAGUUUGCAAAAAUAUUGCCAAUCUACAUUUACAAUACAUUGCGAAAACCAAAACUAGCAAUACUAUUUUCAGCUGUCACCAACCAGCUGAUAAAUCGAGAUUUUGUUACAUACAACAUUUAUGUAAUUUUUGCUGUGAAACAUCUCUUUAGAGAUGCUACGAAAAGUAGUGUUAGGUUCUGUUGGAGUGGCUACUCUGAUACCGGUGGUUGGUGCUGCUACUCCCAUUAAGGAUGACCCACCAAAUCCUCAGAAGCCCCCUCUAAUGAAGCCCUCCGACCUGCCGAUUUACGAGACUCCACAUGCUGAUUAUGUUGAAAAGCUCAAGUCAAAGGGUAAAAGCGAUGAGGUUGGUUAUGUGAGGUCUAUGCUGUUGGCCCCCGUCCGUGUGGUGCGUGAGCAGGUGCAGAUUAUUGUGGACCACACAGACCGCGCCAAACACUCAAUACAAGAUCAGUACACUGAGUUGCAGGACAAAACUGGAUGGAUAUUUAAAUAUCUUCGAGAAGAAGACAACAAGCAGGUCCGAUAUGGUGCUGUGGCAAUGGGAGGUCUCACUGGUUUCAUAUUCGGUCUCAGAGGCGGGAUUAUCAGGCGGGUAUUUUAUGCCAGUGCUACCACUACAGCAAUGGGAUAUGUGUGCUUCCCUGAAGAAACAAAAGACAUUAUGAAGAGCAAUUCGGCCCUAGCUAAACAAUAUGUCAACAUUGCAUACAACUUCUUGUAUGGAGUGAAACCCGGUGAUCCUCAACUGGAGGUGACCUUCCCCGAGCUGUCUUUCCCCAAAGACUUUUCUGAGUUCCUGGAUAUGACAGUCUCUCUGGCAUCAUCAGUGAAGCAGGCGGUAAUGCCUCCGCCUGCUAAAGAGGAAACAAAACCUGACGAAAAAAAAGAAUAGAUUACAUAACAAAAGAUGAAGUAGAUGAGCAUUCAGUUCCAGGUUGG